UAUUAUCUCUUCUGUCAGUUAGAAUUGUCUCGACUCUCGAGUUUUGUGAUUUUGUGUUGAGUCGUUUCCCAAUUGUAUUUUGUAUCGAUGUUAGAGGAAUGUUUCUUUAUUAAAUAAGAAUAACCGUAGGUAAAUAUAGGAAAUUUAUCUAGUUAAGUAAUCCAAGUGCUGUUUUAUAAAAAUGAACCAUGGUGAAUGUUAUGAAAGGCGUUCUCGUCGAAUGUGAUCCGGCUAUGAAACAGUUCCUUCUUCACCUGGACGAGACCUUAGCUCUGGGCAGAAAGUUUAUUCUCCAAGACCUGGAUGAAACACAUCUAUUUAUAUCUGCAGAUAUAGUGGAAACUCUGCAAGCUCGAGUGGAUGAUUUGAUGGACCAACUUAGUAUACCAGUACAUGACAAGGGAAUGUAAAGAUGGCUACCCACGGAAGAGGUAA